AUGGCACAGAACAACGCAGGUAAAAUGUUCAAAAACAAGGCGGCUUGGUUGAUGGGCAACAAAGUGAGACCUCUUGUGGUCAAAUCGGCGCCAUAUACUCCUCCCAAGAUGGACGAGAUUGUCAUCAGGAACGGAGCAGUGGCGAUCAAUCCGGUCGACGUCAUGAUACAAAAGGUUGGCUCCCAGAUGGCAUUCCCUUGGGUCAAGUACCCUUAUAUCUUGGGAGUUGACACUGCUGGGGAGGUCGUUGAAGUUGGCUCCAAGGUGACGCGAUUCAAAGUGGGAGAUCGUGUCCUCGGUCAGACUCUGGGUGGUGAUAAGAACCGAAGUGGAGCGCCGGAAUGCUCCUUUCAAGACUACGUUGUCUUGCUCGCAGAUAUGACUUCACAUAUCCCAGACGAUUUGUCCUAUGAAAAGGCAUGUGUGCUGCCCCUCGGGCUUGGGACAGCAGCGUGUGGCCUAUAUCAAACAGACCAAAUGGCACUUGCGCUGCCCACGAAGAAUCCAGCGCCAACGGGGAAGACGAUACUCAUCUGGGGAGGCUCAACAAGCGUGGGGAGCAAUGCCAUCCAGCUGGCAGUUGCUUCCGGGUACGAAGUCUUCGCCACAGCCUCGCCCAAGAACUUUGCAUACGUUCGCUCCUUGGGUGCAACCAAAGUAUUCGACUAUAACAGCCCGACGGUGGUUCCGGAUAUUGUCCAAGCAUUCCAAGGCAAGACCACUGCUGGAGCAAUGUGGCUCGGGAAGGGAUCAGGCACGGUAUGCAUGGACAUCAUGAGUCAGUGCAGAGGCAACAAAGUUGUCUCAUUGGCGGCAUACCCCAUGCCUCCAGAGACUCCAACAAGAAUGGUUAUGCUCACAAUCGUGUACUAUUAUCUCUCGGGACAAAUAGCACUUUGGCUCAAAUCGAAGCGCUAUGGUGUCAAAUACGCAUUCGUUUUCGGGACGACCCUCGCUUUCAACGGCAUCGGCAAGGCGGUCUAUCAAGAUUUCUUACCGGAAGCCUUGAGAGAUAACAAAUACACUGUGGCUCCCGACCCGCUUGUUGUUGGGAAAGGUCUGGAGAAUAUUCAAGCUGCGAUGGAUUUGUUGGGUCAAGGCGUCUCGGCCAAGAAGAUUGUUGUAAAUCUGGAGUAG